AUGCCUAUAGAAAUACCAGUACAGCCCAUUGCGCGUGAGGUGGAGCGGCGGCCUGCCUCAACAGAGGAGCGCAUUGGGCAUGGUGAACACACACGCCAUCGCCACCUGCAGCUGCGCCACCAUCUCCUCCGCGGCGGCCAUGGCGAGGUCACUGUGGCCAAGGAGCAGCACGCCGGCGUCGUCCGGUCGGAGAUGCAGUACGAGAAUUGGUGCAUGCUGGCCUGCAUCACGAAGGAGAGCGUGCAGGCCGACCGUCGCGGUGCUGUUGGGGGAGGAGUCAUACGCGGUGGACAUGCAGCCCAACAUGGACCGCAGCGACCGCGCCAACAGGUCCCGGGAGCUGCACUGUGUGGAGCCGUAGGGCACGGCGGCGAAUGUGGCCGAGGCCCUCGGGCGGAACGACUCGACCAUGGCAGCGCCGGCCCUGGCGCUUCCCUAGCGCCAAGUUGCGCAGAGCAGCCAGGAGAGCUCGCUGCUGGUGUCGAGCCACGAGAACUCCCUGGUGGAACCGCAGCUUGCUGGGCAGCCGCGGUAGCGCCCCCGUCGGCACCUGCCACGCGCGCAGCGGCAACGCACGAAGACCGAUGCCCGGCCUGGGCGGUUCGCCGGCGAUGGGCCACGACCGCGGCACAGCGAUGA